AUUACCUCCUUAGACUAAUUGUCAAUUUAGACAUCACUUUUUACUUUCACAACACGAAAACAAUAAUUUUAGGUUUUAGAAAUAUUUUAUGCAAGAUGUGUUCUCAAAAGCAUUUCAUCAGUUGCCCGCAUGACGUGGAAAGUUUAAAGGCACUUAACGAUAAACUGAACGCUAAGGUAGUCGAACAAAUGAACUACACCCAAGAAUUGAUCAUGCUGAACAGUUUUACUCAGGAAAGCAACGAAUAUUUAUUCAAAAAGAGCUUGCAAGAAAGAAUGUCAGACAUAGCGUCGUGGCGAUGGGUUCUCUUGGAUCUGUCUAAACGUUUAGAUGAAGCGGUCGGUGCUCUGAAUCAUGAACAUAAUGCGUUGCGAGUGGUCAUCAAGAGAAUCCACGAUGAAAUACAAGGGCACUCCCAGGAAGCGAGCAAGCCCGGAGCACUUUCUCCAUUGUCUGACUGUGUUGAAGAAGCUAUUUUACAGGAAUACAACUUCCUACGCGAACAAAAAAAGAAGUUUGAAAAUAUGAUACCAGAUAUAGAGAAACGGAUCGAAGCACUGAAAAAAACUAAGAAAAGAAUAGAGGCAGAUGUGUUAAAUAAACAACAAACACUAUCUAUAGAUGAAGCGUGUGGUAGCAAUAGCUGUACUCCUAAGAGAGCAGAAAAUGGAAAGAAAAUGAAAAGAAAGGCAUCCACUCUCAUGCGUUGGAACAAUCGAUGCGAAGGUUUAAAAAGAUCUGGACUAAGAGUUUUAACAAAUGCCAUAAUAACUAGACAACAGGUUCGUGGUGCAAGAGUCUAUUUGUCUAUAGCCGCCCAGGGUUACGCGGCAAGGGUCGAUUCCGCGUUGAGGAGACGACUGCAUGCAAACAAAAUAAAAUUGCAAGAUUUGAACUGGCAGAGAGAGGAGGCUAUUAGAGAUCACAAUACCUUAGAAGAAGAAUUGAUCAACACAGAACAAAAUCUAUUGGGGAACAUGGAUCAAGAGCGCGUGGUAGAAGCUCGUUUGGCAGACCGUAGUUUGAGGCCGCCAGGGGAACUGACGAAAGACGAAGUAAACAGGCAAUUGAGAGAAGAGCUUGCUCGAUUAAGAAGUUUUAGCAAACAUUUGAGGAUGAAUAUAGAUAGGACUACGUCUUUACAGCAUAACUUGACUGACAGCAUAACACGCAUGGACUGCUAUGCCGAAGACCUUAUUCGCGUGAUAAGAUUAGACGAGGAAAGAAUCCAUUUUAGGCUAGGAGAAGAGUUACAGUCAGUUCCAUCUGCAAAUAUAUUACCAGGAACUGGUUUCACACAUUCUGAUUCUCCACUAACAGUAAUACAAGAAGAAGUAGAAGACGACUAUCCGUUCGACAAUUGAACUUAGAUGUUUUGAGUUUUAGAAUGUGUUAAAUUUUUUAGACGAAUAUAGCUCCUGAUUUAGAUCUUAAUGAUUUUAUUUUGAGGUAUAGAAUAUUGCCAUUGGAAAUUCCACUUCUAAAUUAGGUAUUUUUUAUAGUGAAGAUAACUAGCAAAGAUUUGACAGCAUUCCGUGCCAACACUUUGAAACUCACCAUGUUUGUUUUGUAUUCAUUUGCUUAUUUCAUUACACUUUAUUUAUUAUAAACCUUCGCUUUUAAAUGAUUGCAAUGACCGCUGCUGUUUCAUAUCCACACAAAUCCAAAAACCAAUACAGUUUUUAAGUCUUUAUUUGAGAAAUAAAAUCAUUUAAGAAAAUCUUUAACAAUAUCACAAACUGAAUGUGACCCAAUUCUGAGAAAUCAUUAUCUAAACAUGACUAAAACAGGUAUAAAAACUAUUGAGAUACAAAAAUCAGUCGCUACAAUUUACCAAAAGGAAUUGGGUCAUUGACUACUCACUAAAACCUUACGUACAGAGAUACAUCAAUUGAAUUUGUGAAUAUAUUUUUAAUUACUGCUAUUUUUAUUUAUGAUUAUAUAAUUCCUUUCAGUGUUUCGUCUAAUUCCUUCCGAUUGAACUAUAAAUGAGAAUAUCUUUUUAUUAUAACUAUUUUUCGUACUUAUAAAUUAACUUGCUAGAGAAUAAAUAAUGGCUG